AUGGCGACGUCGGCGUUUAAAUCGACGACGAAGAGAAUUCCGGUCGCUUCAACCUCAAACUCCGGCGAUUCUGCUUCAUCUAACAAAACUCAUCGCCGGUCGCGGAGUCUGAGUCGAUUCACACGGCCGUUACUAGAGCCAUCGGCUGACUUCGGGGACAGUCCGGUGCCGAGCGGCAGGUUCGUAAAUAAGGUGAGGGGGUCGGUGUUUCCCGAAAUUAGUCUCGACGAUCUGGCAAUCGAAUUUUUUCCUAUGAAGGACUCUUUCGUGGGUGAUGACAGAGACAGUAGUGAGAGAGGCAGCUCGGAUCGGCGGAGUUCGGAGAUUGGUCGCUGGGCCAGUGAUACGGCGUCGUCUAGGAGACGAGGGAGGUCGGUGUCAAGACAGGGUUCGAGAGCUGUUGAUAAUAAGAGCAGUGGCACUGUCUGCAAUGGUUCUGGUGGUGGUGAUAGGAAGGUGGGUUCGGAGGCUAAUUCGAGGAGGAGGAGGUCGGUUUCGGUGGUUCGGUGUCGAAUUAGCGAUUCCGAGCUAUAG